GAAAGGCAGUAAUGACUAUGCUGUGAACACCCAUAGCAAGAUAUAUAUAUGCUGACACAGGAAGGCAGUAAUGACUAUGCUGUGAACACCCAGAGCACGAUACAUCCAUGCUGACACAGAAAGGCAGUAAUGACUUGGUCGUGAACACCCAGAGCACAAUACAUCCAUGCUGACACAGAAAGGCAGUAAUGACUUGGCUGUGAGAACAGAACAUGAUACACCCAUGCUGACACAGAAAGGCAGUAAUGACUUGGCUGUGAACACAGCACAAUACAUCCAUGCUGAAACAGAAUGGCAGUCAUGACUAUGCUGUGAACACACAGAGCACGAUAUAUCCAUGCUGACACAGAAAGCAGUAAUGAUUAUGCUGUGAACACCCAGAGUAAGAUAUAUCCAUGCUGACACAGAAAGGCAGUAAUGACUAUGCUGUGAACUCUCAGCGCACAAUACAUCCAUGCUGACACAGAAAGGCAGUAAUGACUUGGUUGUGAACACCCAGAGCAAGAUAUAUCUAUGCUGACACAGAAAGGCAGUAAUGACUUGGCUGUGAGCACAGAACACGAUACAGCCAUGCUGACAGAGAAAGGCAGUAAUGACUUGGCUGUGAACACAGAACACGAUACACCCAUGCUGACACAGAAAGGCAGUAAUGACUUUGCUGUGAACACAGAGCACAAUACAUCCAUGCUGACACAGAAAGGCAGUAAUGACUUUGCUGUGAACACAGAGCACAAUACAUCCAUGCUGACACAGAAAGGCAGUAAUGACUUUGCUGUGAACACAGAGCACAAUACAUCCAUGCUGACACAGAAAGACAGUUAUGACUUGGUUGUGAACACAGAGCACAAUACAUCCUUGCUGACACAGAAAGGCAGUAAUGACUUUACUGUGAACUCAGAGCACAAUACAUCCAUGCUGACACAGAAAGGCAGUUAUGACUUGGUUGUGAACACAGAGCACAAUACAUCCUUGUCGACACAGAAAGGCAGUAAAGACUUGGCUGUGAACUCAGAGCAUGAUACAUCCAUGCUGACACAGAAAGGCAGUAAUGACUUGGCUGUGAACACAGAGCACAAUACAGCCAUGCUGACACAGAAAGGCAGUUAUGACUUGGUUGUGAAAACAGAGCACAAUACAUCCUUGCUGACACAGAAAAACAGUAAUGACUGCUGUGAACACAGAGCACAAUACACCCAUUCUGACACAGAAAGGCAGUAAUGACUUGGCUGUGAACACAGAGCACAAUACAGCCAUGCUGACACAGAAAGGCAGUUAUGACUUGGUUGUGAAAACAGAGCACAAUACAUCCUUGUUGACACAAAAAGGCAGUAAUGACUUUGCUGUGAACUCAGAGCAUGAUACAUCCAUGCUGACAGAGAAAGGCAGUAAUGACUUGGAUGUAAACACCUAGAGCACAAUACAUCCAUGCUGACACAGAAAGGCAGUAAAGACUUGGUUGUAAACACGCAGAGCACAAUACAUCCAUGCUGACACAGAAAGGCAGUAAAGACUUUGUUGUAAACACUAAGAGAUCCAUACAUCCAUGGGUAGUGCCACAGACGCAAAUUACGCCCACUAUUGUGAACAAGGUGCUUAAAGUGAACACGUCUGGUUUCUGUUAUGAGCACUUAGCACUCCGAGCCCAAAAGGCCUCGCAUUGAAUUGUUGCAAGAGAAGGCUUUGAAAAAUAACAGCAGUUUUGUUGUGUGGUCCAGUACGCCCUUCGACUCUCAACCUGAAGAAAGCAGAACUCAAACUCGGCUCUUACCAAUAUCAGCAAGGCCAGCAUGUCAUCUCAGCUUCUUGUGCUUCAGUGAACUUAACUAGCAAACAUGACAAACGUCAUUGAAGUGAAAGUCUAUGACAACCUCCUUCUUGCACAAAUACUACAAUCGCUUAAGAAAUUCAGCACGAAGACGUCUUGCGUAAUACUACCAAGCCUCCUAUCAAUAUCUCCUCCCAUGUUGGGUACAUCAACACUUCCAACAGCAGAGCCUUGGUGAGUUCGACUUCCGUCUCAGCAUCGAUGUCGCUUAGCAACAAUUGGAUGAUGGGCUUCGACAAAUUAGGCCGGACAAGUCGCUCGAACUGAAACGAUCUUAUCCAAGAGGUAGAGCAGGCGUUGCGUGAUACGUCCGUUAAUGUGACUGACCUGGAUAUGUUGUUCUCUAAUAAAGGGAACCUUAGACCUGGAGAGCAGUAUGCGAUUGAAACCUUUCAACAACAGUUGUUGUCGGCAAU